AUCCAGAUGACUAGAUGAGUAGUCGUGCGUCUCGUGCCUAAUCGACCAUGCUUGCUUAAUCGCUUUGAGACUUUGAGAAGCCUCUCCUCUUUCAUCAUAGGUUUAACUACUACGUAUUUUCUGCUGUUGGCCAGUGCGAGAGACGAACUGAAAGAUGGCGGAGGAAGCGAUCUUGGGGUACUUGGAGCACCAUGAAGAAAUCACAGAUUCGGGGCAGUUCGCCGCCGACCGUGCACUUGACCACAAUGAGGUCGUCAAUGUCAUCAAGAGCCUCCAUGGCUUCCGAUACGUCGACGCCCAGGAUAUCAAGAAGGAGGCGUGGGUGCUUACUGACGAGGGAAAAACAUAUGCUGCUGCAGGAUCACCUGAGGUGCAGCUGUUCUUGGCUGUACCGACAGAGGGUAGCAUCCCCAAAGAAGAGUUGCAGAAAAAGCUUGACCCGUCAGUUUUCAAAAUAGGUUGUUCACAGGCUGGAAAGAAUAAAUGGGUGGAGAUGGGAAAGCAAGUAUCAAGGAAGGUUGAACAUGUGGAAGAUAAAAUCAAAGAUUUGCUUUUGCGGAUACAAGAGGGGCAGGCUGUUGGCAAAGAUGAUGUCAACACCCUCAAAGCAAGAAAGCUUAUUGUGUUACAGACAUGGAAGGGCUAUUCAGUGAGAAAAGGUCCUAAUUAUGCUCCAAAGAGAAAAAAAGUUGCCACUGAUCUGACUCGAGAAAAUCUUCAGAGGAGUGAUUGGAAGGAAUUAGAGUUCAAAGAGUAUAACUUCAAUGCUAAAGGUCCACCUUCUGAAUGCGGUUGCCUUCACCCAUUGAUGAAGGUGAAGAAGCAAUUGAAGGACAUUUUCCUUCAGAUGGGUUUCGAGGAAAUGCCAACAAAUAAUUAUGUUGAGAGCAGCUUCUGGAAUUUUGAUGCGCUGUUUCAGCCGCAGCAACAUCCUGCCCGUGAUUCUCAUGAUACAUUCUUCCUGCAAGCUCCGUCCACAACACAGGAACUACCUGAAGAUUAUGUUGAACGGGUAAAGCAUGUUCACGAAUCUGGUGGUUAUGGUUCCCGGGGAUACGGGUAUGACUGGAAAAUAGAAGAAGCAAAGAAAAAUGUUCUGCGAACUCACACAACUGCAGUUUCCUCUAGGAUGCUUUUUGCACUAGCACAGCAAGGGUUUGCCCCCAAAAGAUACUUCUCAAUAGAUCGUGUUUUCAGGAAUGAAGCUGUAGAUCGGACCCAUCUAGCUGAGUUCCACCAGAUAGAAGGUCUGGUGUGUGAUCGUGGUCUUACACUUGGUCACCUGAUUGGAGUCCUUGAGGAUUUCUUUUCACGUUUAGGCAUGUCCAAGCUGAAAUUCAAGCCUGCUUACAACCCAUAUACUGAACCUAGCAUGGAAAUUUUCAGUUAUCAUGACGGCCUGGGGAAGUGGGUGGAAAUUGGCAAUUCUGGCAUGUUCAGACCUGAAAUGUUGCGUCCUAUGGGACUUCCAGAGGAUGUCAAUGUCAUAGCAUGGGGCCUUUCCCUAGAAAGACCAACUAUGAUAUUAUACGGGAUUGAUAACAUUCGAGACCUCUUUGGACACAAGGUGGAUCUUAGUCUCAUGAAGCGGAACCCGAUAUGUCGCAUUGGAAUAUAGUAAAUCAUAUCAAAUUACCUGUGUUUAAAAUUCUUU